AUGGACGAAAAAUCAAGAACCUCAAUCGAAAGCGAAUCGCUGCAGCUGCGCGUCGAGCUCAAGAAAUGGGAGGCCGACUGGGCUGCUGCUCACGGCGGAAAGAAGCCCGAUCGCAGCGAUAUCAAGCAGAACCCUGAGAUUGCUCAAAAGUAUAAACGCUACAACAAGCUUCGCGACUUGCUCACAGGGAAGAGCCAGCCAGCACCCAAGGCCGAAGCCACACACGGGCACCACCACCAACAGAGUCACAGCGAGCAGCGCAAGCGCAGGUCGUCCGACGCAGCCAUGCCCCCUCCUGAGACUCCGUCGAAGCGUUCUAAGCUCAUUCAGACGCCGCGCAAGGUACAGCAAUACUCGACAUCAGCCCCGAACAUCUCUACCGGAUCCGAGACUCCCUCUGCUGCCACAAUGAACCAAGAACCUGCUCCCGUCCUGCCCUCAUAUAUCAGCCCAACCCCGCAAAAAGACGGUCGCGUCCUCGGUCUCUUCGACCUCCUCGGCCGCACGCCCUCCGCGUCGGUUGUCAAGUCGUCUGGCGACGCCCCUAGCAUGGCGGCUGCCACACCUAGCAAGCACCGCGACGCGACCCCUCUCCAAGUCCCGCUCAACACAGACGGCAUGACCCCGACCACAGCACGCUUCGCACACACCCCCCGUUCGGCAGUCAAGCACCACGCUUCUGAUGCUGGGAUUCCGACGCCGUUGAGGGAACGUAAUGAUCGGGGUAAUAGUAACAAUCAGUUGUUGUUCAAAACCCCCUCGACAAACCGUGUUUCUAAGGAUACUGCGUCUACGCCGAAGUCAGCCACACCGUCUUUCCUGCGGAGGAGGAAUGCUCCUGACUAUAAGGGCGCCUUGCUUGGGACAAUGGAUGAGGAUGAGGAGAAUGAGGAGAGUGGUGUUAAUGGGGUUGCUGGGACAGGGGGCUGGAAGAAGAGGUUGAGUGCGCUCCGGUUACCAAGGAAGUUAGUCCCCGUGGGGAAGGGACUAAGUAGUGUUGUGGCGGGGUUGAGGAAGAUGGAGGAUGAGAUGUUUGCGGAGGAGGAGGCGGCGGCGAGGGAGAUGGAGCGGGAGGAGGCCGAGAAAAGGAAGCAAGCUCAGGCUCAGCAGGCUGAAGAUCAGGCCCAAUCCCAGCCCCAGCAGACUGCAGUUGCGCCCUCAGCUGAAGUUCCCGACUCGCAGACCAUCGAAAAACUCCUUGAGGAGGAGAAGCCCGCAGGCGGGCGUCUCCUUUCGGGAUUUGAUGACGAAGCGGCGCUGGACAGCCCCGACGAGCUGGGAGAUGAUCAAAGCCAGCAGACCAGGGUGUGGAAGAAGAAGGGACAGAAACGUCAGACUAGGCUGGUGCGUAUGCGUCCGACAAGAGUGAGGAGGCCUACUGCGCAGACGGUUACUCCUCCUGGGGAGGAAGAUGAUGAUGAGGAUGAUGACGAAUUAGUUCCCGAGACGCAGGCCCAGGCUAGCGGGGGAAAUCCCGAGGUUGAAGAUGGGCUCCGCUCAGACGAGGAGGGUUCAGAUGAGGCGUUUGAGGAGUCUGAGAGUGAGAAUGACGAAGAGGAAGAGGAUGGUAAGAAGAAGAAAAAGGGGAAGAAGGCCGCUGCUGGUGACACCACGACUGGCAAGGAUGAGGAUAUCGUCAAGAAAGCGGUUCGCAAGGUCAAGGCUACGGCCCAUGCCAACUUCAGGAGACUCAAGCUUCGGAACUCGGGAGCCAAAGGCGGGCCAGCGUAUAACAGUCGAUGGAGGAGACGGCGGUGA